UAAUCAAGUCCUUAAUUUUCUAAUACAACACGACUAACCCAAACCCUAUUAAAAAAGACUUCCACAUGCACGCAUCGCACCAUCUUCUGAUUUAACAACUCAUCAAACACAUUCUUGCAUUGCUUUCAAGCUACAGCCAUGGCCGACGAAGUCCAGUUCUGCCAAAACUAUCUGUUGAUAAAGCCUGAACAAGCCAGCUGCUUUGAUUUGUUAAGAUUAUUAUGCUCGAAAACUUUAGAGAAUAGGGACUUUUUCAGAACUCCGGUGGAAGCCGAGGCGGUUCGUUUUCGCCGGAGAUGGAUUGUUUUCAUCUCUUUGUUGGUCCAGAAAGUGCUGCUUUGGUUGAAGAGACCGUUGGCGGCGGUGGGGGAUGCGGUGGAGCUGUUGCUGAAUUAUCCGGCAGCCAAUGGUGGCUACCUCCGCCUGCUCUUCAAUCUUCUCACAGGGAGGUUGGUGAGGCCAGAUAAAUCAUCAGCAGGCUUCAUAUCAGUGGUUGGAUACACUGACAAGAGAUGGAAUUUGGACAGAAGCAUUAGGAAUCAUGAAAAAUACAACGCAUCCCUGGCUAUUAUGGCUUCCAAAUUAUCCUACGAGAAUGAAUCCUUUGUCCGAAAUAUCGUCACACAUCAUUGGCAGAUGGAGUUCGUGGAGUUCUACGACUUUUGGAAUGAUUUCCAGGAACUAAACACGACUUAUGCGAUGAUGUUCCGAGACAAAAACGUGAAUCCCAACCUAAUCGUCGUAGCCUUCCGAGGCACGGAGCCUUUCGAUGCCGACGCAUGGCGAACGGACGUCGACAUAUCGUGGUACGAGUUUCCGGGCGUCGGAAAGAUCCACGGCGGGUUCAUGAAAGCCCUAGGUUUACAAAAAUCCACAGGUUGGCCGAAAGAAAUCCCUCCGGGCCCGGCCGGAAAAUCGUUUGCCUACUACACCAUCAGGGAGCGGCUGAAAACCCUAAUCCAUGAGAAUGGAGACGCAAAAUUCAUACUGACAGGGCACAGCCUGGGAGGGGCACUAGCAAUUCUGUGCGCUAGUGUUCUUGCAAUACACCAAGAGGAACUGCUGCUACAGAGAUUGGAGGGAGUGUACACUUUCGGACAGCCAAGAGUGGGGAAUGAGCAAUUCGGGGAGUAUAUGAAGGGCAAAAUGACGUCGUAUGAUGUGAAGUAUUUUAGGUUUGUGUAUUCCAACGACGUGGUGCCUAGGUUGCCAUAUGAUGAUAAGACCUUCAUGUUCAAGCAUUUCGGCCCGUGUCUGUACUUCAACAGCUGCUACAAAGGCCAGGUUUUAGAGGAGGAACCGAACAAGAACUACUUCUCGGUGCUUUACGUUGUACCCAAGAUCUUAAACGCAGUUUAUGAGUUGAUUAGAAGUUUCAUCUUGCCCUGGAGAAAGGGCGAGGAGUACAAAGAAGGAUGGGUAAUGAAAUUAUUUAGGGUAGCAGCUUUGGUAGUCCCAGGUUUAAUCAAUCAUUUACCAGUUGAUUAUGUUAAUCUCACUAGGUUAGGGAAAUUACCCUCAUCCAUUCAUCUUCAGGGACAGGGACCAAAUCAAAAUCUCAAACAUGACUAGACUGCACACACAAAUUGCUCCCUUCAAGUUUAAAUUAUAUAUUUUGUGUUGCUUGCUCUGUAUAUUAAAUAAAGGUACUU